UGUCCCUCGCCCCUCCCACACUCUCUCGUCAGCUCGCACCCGCCAUGGAGCCCUCGUCGGAACCUUCGCCGCCGGUCACCACGGCCACCUUCCCCGCCGCCGGCGAAGGACACGAGUCGCACCCGUCCACGACAUCAUCUUCUCUGUUUCCACUUUUCCCCCUCGCCGCGUCCACCUCCUCCGCGUCCACCGCCGAAUCUCAGUGGCUCUCAAACCCUAGCUUCUCCUUCGAUGCCUCCUCCCUGAACGUCCCGUCUACCACCACCUCGUCGCUCCCAACGCCGCUAAGCCCCUCGUCCGACGAUGACGCGCCGCCGGCGCCCGCCCCUGCAAAGUACGAGCUGGUGCCUUCUGAAACGGACUCCGACGAGGAGAGGGGGUCGCGGAGGAAGGAGAGGGGGAGGAGGAAACGGAGACGGGAGAAGGACCGGUAUGAUGGGGCAUCGGAGUCGCGGAAGGCCGGGGUUCGUGCUUGGGCUGGGUCAGAGACGAAGCCUGUCAAGGAUUACUACGUCGACGCAAAGGGCGACCAUGAUAACCUGGCGUUUGGAUCCCUCUACAGAAUGGAUGUUGCCCGUUACAGAUCUCAGAGCAUGCUGGAGACACGUGGUUUGAAUCGGUCUAUGUUUUUUAACCGGAGGUUUGGUUCAUCACAUAUUGAUUUGGAUUCAGACUUGGAUGGACUGGAUAAUAAAGUAAGAGCUGGGGGCCGUUACUAUUCGGCAAAAAAUGCAGUUUCUGAAAGAAAUAAGGGUUCCAAACACCUGAAAUUAUCUAAGGGAGAUACCUCUGCAAUGCUUGCUGAAGAUUUUGUGCCCUUAGAUGCACAAUCACUUUCUGUGAAAAGGACAACUGCGGAACAGGAGCUGGAGGAAUCUUGGGAAGAUGAAAUACUUCGGAGGACAAGGGAAUUUAAUAAGAUGUCUCGGGAACAUCCUAACGAUGAAAAAGUUUGGUUGGCCUUUGCUCAAUUUCAGGACAAAGUUGCUAGUACUCAGCCACAAAAGGCUGCUCGUUUGCAAACUACUGAAAGGAAAAUUAGUAUAUUGGAGAAGGCUGUGGAGCUUAAUCCAGAUAAUGAGGAAUUGCUGCUUUGCCUUCUGAAGUCAUAUGGCGAGAGGGACAGCACUGAGAAUCUCUUGGGUAGAUGGGAGCAAGUACUUACGAAGCACCCAGAUAGUUGUAAGUUGUGGAAACAGUACCUGCUUCUAUGUCAAGGGGAGUUCUCCAGAUUCAAAGUUUCUGAAAUACGGAAGUCGUAUGUGUAUGCUGUACAGGCUCUAUCUGCAGCAUGCACCAAGCUAUGUAGGCAGGUUAAUGAAAAUAUGGAUCCCAAGUCACCAUCUUCUUCCUUAGCUCAGCUAGAAUUGGGUUUAGUGGAUAUAUUUGUGAAUCUGUGCCGAUUUGAGUGGCAGACAGGACAUCGAGAAUUAGCAACUGGGCUAUUUCAGGCACAAAUGGAGUUUAGCUUAUUCUCCCCUCCCCUGUAUCUUACCACAAGUAGUAAGCAAAGGCUCUUUGAACACUUUUGGAACAGUGGUGGUGCCAGAAUAGGGGAAGAUGGAGCUCUUGGAUGGUCUGCAUGGUUAGCUAAAGAUGAGGAGAGUAGACAAAACUUGGUUGCACAAGAAAAUUCACAAGAGAUCGAAACAGGAGGUUGGAGUGGCUGGUUUGAUCCUUCUGUUGGAAACACUGACACAAACGAAUCAGUGGAACCAUCAACUGAUGGAAAUGAUGCAGAAGACCUUGAUGCUGAAGAUAGACCUGCACAAGAUGAUGUUGAAUCCUUGCUGAAAAAGCUUGGUAUCGAUGUAGAUGCAGAGUCUAAUAGUGAAGUUAAAGAUGCAGAAACUUGGAAUAGAUGGGCUACUAUGGAGUUGUCAAGAGACAAUGAACAAUGGUUGCCUCUUCAUGAAAAAUCUGGAAUAGGAUCACUUGAUUCUGGUGAUGCUCCAUCUGGAGAAGACAAUAAUCAGCUUUCUAGAGUAAUCUUGUUUGAGGAUGUAGCCGAGUUCCUGUUCUCUUUAUCUUCAGAGGAGGCUCGCUUUUCUCUGAUUUGCCAAUUUAUUGAUUUUUAUGGUGGCAAAAUUUCAAGAUGGACAUCUACAAACAGUUCGAGUUGGCUUGAUAGAAUUUUGAGUUUAGAGAUGAUUUCAGAUGACAUUCUUGAAGAUCUUAGUGCUGUAUCAGACAUUGUAAACAAGAAUCAAGAUUCAUAUAGUUGUAAAUUGGAAUCAUUAUUAGGAAGCAUGCAUGAUCUUUCCCAAAGGCCUGGCCUGGUGAAGUUUCUCAGAAAUGCGAUACUGCUUUUGCUUGAUGUUUUCCCUCGUAAUCAUGUCUUGGAGGAAGCUAUUCUUGUUACCACCGAAAUGUAUACUGCUCAAGAGAAUUCUUCCUCGACAGCUAAUACAUCGCGGGCUUUGGCCAAAAAUCUGUUGAAGAAAGACAGACAGGAUUUUUUGCUUUGUGGGAUAUAUGGACGAACUGAGGCUAUGCACGGGAACAUUGAACAAGCAAGGAAGAUAUUUGACAUGGCAUUGUUAUCUACAGAAGCAACUGCUGAGGAUCUUAGGAAGAAGGUUCCCAUCCUUUAUCUUUGGUAUGCUGAGAUGGAGAUAACAGUGUCCACUUCAAGAAACAACUCUGACUCAACGCAUCGUGCAAUUUACAUUCUAUCCUGCUUAGGGAGUAAUGUAAAAUAUGCUCCUUUCAUUGGCCCUAUUUCAAGGCCACAGGUCUUGAGGGCUCGCCAAGGGUUCAAGGAGCAGAUUAGAAGCUUACGAUCUGCAUUUGCUUCUGGUGGUAUAAAAGAAGAAUCUGUUGCUCUGAUAUGCUCAGCUUCUUUGUUUGAAAGUAUGACAUCAGGUUAUUCUUCGGGUCUUGAAGUGAUAGAGGAUAUGUUAUGUUCAGAUAGCAGCCAUAACUCGGAGUUUGAGGAUUUGUGGGUAUACUACAUCAAAUUGCUUCAGAAAAAUCUUAACCAAUUGAGUCUCUCAAGGGUCUGGCCAAGCAUAUCACAAGGAAUGCACAAAUAUCCGUACAAUCCAAAAUCAUACUCAGCCAUGUUAAUCCUGAGCUAUCUUUACAGUGUAUCGAAUAAUCUCCGUCUCACACUCGACAAAUGUAGUCAAAGCAGGGACCCUUCCAUUAUUACCUUGCUCUUUGCUUUAUCCUUCGAAUGGCAUAAAGCAGGAUCUGACAAUAGAAUACACAGUCUGUUUGAGAGAGCUCUAGCUGAUGAUAAGUUGCAGAAAUCUGUUCUGUUGUGGCGCUGUUAUCUAGCUUAUGAGGCAGAGAAAGCCUGCAAUGCUUCUGCAGCACGGCGUGUAUUCUUCAGAGCUAUACAUGCUUGUCCGUGGUCUAAAAGGUUAUGGCUUGACGGGUUCCUAAAGUUGAGCUCGGUUCUGACACUGAAAGAGUUAUCAGAUCUCCAGGAAGUGAUGCGUGACAAGGAAUUAAAUAUCCGCACUGACAUCUAUGAGAUACUGUUGCAAGAUGAAACAGACACAUGAUUAAAUGUUUCCCUGGUUCGUAUCAAGAAUUCCAGGACUUCUUCACAUGACAUUGUCGGCAAUCAUUAUCUUCCAAGGUUUCAACAGAGAUUGGUCUCACAUUGCAGUGUACAAGAUGGAUGCAGUGUACAAUGAUCCGCAUGCCUUUGGAUUGACCACCUUGCCAAAUAUGACCAUGUUUUAGUAUUUCUUCCUUCAAUAUGGACCUUGUUGCUUGUCACUCCGGUUAUCUGAUGUGACACAUUCUUAUUGGAAGUACAGAAGGGUCUUCAUUGGACCCUAGAUAAGAUGGAUCUAGAACGCUAGCGCAAUUCUUGUGAAGAAACCAUGGCACAGCCAGCAUAAGUUUGGCACUAUGGAAGACUUGCAAAACUAAAACAGCAAAAGCGACGGAUCUUUUUGUUAACUAUUUGUAAAACUACAGCCUCAGGCAAGCAUUCAUGCUAUCUCAAGUGAGCAUGUUUUUCUUGCUUCCUUUCCCCCCCUACGAUUUAGUUCUCUCUCAUGGUUCUUCUGGUGAAGCAGGUUACGGGUCUUGGAGUGUACUUGACUGUUCAAAGAAAGGCUUCUAGUAUGUAGCUCCACCUGGCGUAUUGUUGAAAGCAAGAAGGGGAGUCGUGCACAUACAUGGCAAUAAAUAAUUACUAUGCUCUAUUUUUCUUUAGGUCCUCAAAGUUUAAAAGUUAUACUGCAAAGUCAAAAGAUUUACAGACUACUAUACUUGAGGGACAAAAAGAAAAAGAAAAGUGGCAACACAAAGUGGACACUAAAGGUGCGUUUGGUUUAGCUGUGAGCUGUGAAAAAGCUGCUGUCAGAUGUCUGCUGUGAAAAAGCUGCUAUGAGAUGCCUGCUGUGAAAAAGCUGAAAGUUGUUUGGUUCAAACUGCUAUGAGUUGUCGACCGUGAAGAAGUUAUAUAUUGUUUUUAUAUAAAUUGACAGUAUAUAAUAUUUCUCUGUGAUCAAA